AGAAAAGAGCCAGAGAGACCGUUUCAUUUUCUGCAUAGAUAUAACAACGCCCCUCUUUCCAGAACUCAUUCUGUAGAAACUUUCUGUGGACCUAGGCACUGGAAUAUGAGGAAUGGCAGUGCAAUAUGACUUGCCACAUUACUACAGGCAAAGAGAAGGGGCUCAAUGUCUAGUUCCCUCUUAUCAGUCCUCUGAAAUACUGACUCCACGGCAAAUACCACAGCGUUUCACUGUAUCACCAGGGCGCUAUGAAGAAUAUCUUUCGAAGUCAAGCAUACCAACAAGGCUUCCAUGGGGAAGAGAAAGAGAAUAUGGGGGAAUAGGUCCAGUGUGCCUUCCGGACAAUCACAGACCAAAGGCAGAACCUCCUUCUCUAGAAGCCAAGGGGCACAAGCACUAUGGCUAUGGAGGAGACCCCUGGCCAAGAGGACUUCCCAUUGAGCAGUACUACGAUAUAACCCAGCUGAGAAAGAGUGCAGUGCGUGCCAGCGAUGAUUUGUAUCCUAAACCACCUGAUGUUUCUAUCAAUAUUAAACAGAUACACACAGACUUCCCAGCAGAGCACCCGUAUCAGUCACACAUAUCAAAAUUUGCUGUGUUUCCAAGCUAUAAUCCACCUGAAGAACCUGAUGGCACCUUUUCUCCACUUCAUCCAGAGACCCCAUCACGUGGAUAUGACACUAUUGUCUUAAGGAAAACUAGUGGAAAUCCAUACAGACAUGAAAUAAUUGACAUUCGUGAGCCCAAAAAUCCAUUGAUCUGGCCUGGUCAGGAUGGAUACUUUCAUUUUCCAAAAUCUAAUCGAGGGCGCAAGCAGAUUUACUAUCCAAUGCCUCCAAAAACUGUUGCUCCCAAUCAUUUCUACAAGUCACAAGAAGAGCCGCUGUCUGAGAGAACUGACCAUUUGCAAAGAAGUCUGUUAAAAUCCCAGUGGAUAACAUCUUAUAGCCGCAGCUUCCCAGAUUACAGUGAAAUGAAACGUUUGAAUCCUGGUGGUUUUCUUGACCCUGGCAGUAUUGGACAGCUGGGUGGAAGUGCGGAAAUGAUCUUACAAUCAGAACCUCUAGAAGGAAGAGCUUCCUGUAUUCAAGUGUCUGACAAUCCCACUAAUGCAAAAGAAAAAGUGUUAAACUUGCUACCCAAGGUUCAAAAUAUACAAACGAGUCCUGAUUUAGAUGGAGAGAAUGAUUGUGGGAUUCCAUGCUAUUCUAAACAUCACACGUUUCCAGCUUGUGAUACCUUAUCUAACCACCGCAGCACAAGAUGUCACUAUUCUGGAGAAGAACGCAAAGCGCAUUCAGCCAGAAAGAGGCAGUUUAAGGAACCAGAGCUACGCAAAAUCACAGAUACCGACCAAUCAGAUGCUUUGUAUAGUAGGCAGCUCAUGCAGGCCUCAGGGCUUCAGGAAGGAAACUCAGAAAUAAAAUCAAUAUAUGAUAAGGAAUUACAUCCCAGUGAAGAUGAAUAUACAUAUUCCAAUCUAAAGAAAUCAUUACCAGAAAAUGUUGCCCAUGAUAUGACUCAGGAAAGCCUUAAUGGAUGGUGCACUAAGCAAAGGGUAUCACAGACACCAGUUCCACAAGAAUUAUAUGACAUAAAAACAGAACAACAAGGUCCUAACUUACUUGAAUUGCAAAGCUUAUUUUCCAGAACUAAAGCAUACAGAGAUUUUCACCACAACUUCCCAGUCAGUACAAUGGAUUUAAGAGACAAUUCGAAUUCAGGCAAAAAACACAAAUUCUUUGGGUUUAACUCUUUUUAUUUCCAUAAUUGAUAAUCAGAAUGCAAAUAUAACACCAGCAGAAAAGAUUCCCUCUAUGCAAAAAUAUAUUCUGGGCAUUUGUGCUUAGAAAGGUUUGGCAAAUUGACAUACAUUAAAGUGUGAUCUUCAAAA